GCUGCUGCGCCGGGUAUUUAUCAGAAGAGUCGUGACUGUCCCGUUUACACUGUUAGUUAGAUGAUCAGACGGUUCCUGUUUCACCCGGUUUUGCAUUCCAAGUCCGUGGCCUUCGAAUAGUUUACGCGAAGUGCCAUUUUUUUGACUCAUCAGUAAUAAUUAAUUUUGUAAAUUUCCUUUAUUUUUGUACACUAUUGUGUGAGAAAGAAUGUCGAGCGAAACCCCCGAAUACUCACCGUUCUUCGCAGUGAUGGGUGCCUCUGCGGCUAUGGUGUUCAGCGCCUUGGGAGCAGCCUAUGGCACAGCAAAAAGCGGCACAGGCAUUGCUGCCAUGUCUGUGAUGAGGCCAGAGCUCAUCAUGAAGUCUAUUAUCCCUGUUGUCAUGGCGGGUAUCAUAGCCAUCUACGGCCUGGUAGUAGCAGUGCUGAUUGCCAACAGCACCUCUGAGAAGAUCACACUUUUCAAGAGUUUCAUGCACCUCGGAGCUGGGCUGAGCGUGGGCCUCAGUGGGCUGGCAGCAGGCUUCGCUAUUGGCAUCGUGGGUGACGCAGGAGUGAGGGGCACAGCUCAACAGCCAAGGCUUUUUGUGGGCAUGAUCCUCAUCUUGAUUUUCGCUGAGGUCCUCGGCCUUUAUGGGCUCAUCGUUGCCCUUAUUCUCUCCACAAAAUAAAUUUCCAAACAUCUCCACUACAAGAUCAGUCCUUUACGUUGCUGCUGGAGGGAAACGUGUAAAAUGGGGGAAAAAAUGUUGGAAAAAUUUCUGCCAUGCAAGAUGAAAGAAGUGAAGGUGGAGGAAAAAAUUAAUUAAAAUGGCUCCACAAAUAUGGUCUUAUCUCAACAAUGUGUACAGUCGUCCCAGUUUGAUAGUCAACUUGUAAAUGCGCAAUGUAGUGAUUUGUCUGUCUUGUGUGUGUGUGUGCGCGUGCGUG